UUUGGUGCAGAGAGGGUACUCAGCAUAGAAGAAUAGGCAAACAUACGUACUGUAUGAAUUCGCACUCCGGAAUCGCUAUGGGAAUUAUACCUUUCUUCCAAAACCGAGCUCUUAUCCCAUAUUAUCUUAAACCAGUUCAUUUUGAUACAAUGACUUUAAAAGACUGGCGCUGGAAUAAAUAUCAGUAUUAAGUGUAAUUGUAACGUGGUUCCUCCUUGAUGCGGGGAAGAUGUGCCACAUAUCAUAUGAGAGAUAUUAGCUGCAGUCCUAAAAAUGGGCAUAUUUUGAACCCGUGUAUUUAUUUUGUAAAAUGUUUCGGAAAAUGUCAAGGAUUUCAGUUUUUCUGAUGCUGCUGUUCCUGUUCACCUGUGGUGAUUCUGCUCAGGUUAAAUGGACGUCCAAUCCUGCUGUAGACGUCCCUCUUGCUGAGACCUAUAACUACACUGACCACAGAACAGGCAUUACUGUGACAUGUGACAAAUGCCCUGCGGGGACCUAUGUUUCCAAACAUUGCACCGAUACGAACCUGAGGGAGUGCAGUCCCUGCCAGAACGGUACCUACACCAAGCGUGUGAAUGGAAUAGAGCGAUGCCACCGCUGUCAGGAACCAUGUCUGGCACCUUUUAUUGAGAAGAGACCCUGUACAGCCUUGUCUGACCGCGAGUGCACUUGCUCCCCUGGUUUCUUCAUAAAUAAUGAAACCUGCAGACCCCACUCACAGUGUUCAAAGGGCUGGGGUGUUAGGAGAAAGGGUAGUCAGGUAGAAGAUGUCAAAUGCAGAACAUGCCCCCGGGGUACCUUCUCUGAUGUGUCUUCCAGUGUGUUAAAGUGCCGGACUCAUACGAACUGCACAGCCCAGGGACUGGCAAUCAUCUUUCCAGGAACGAGAGAGACUGAUAACAGCUGUGGUGCUCAUCCCUCACACUCCUUCACCAGUCUGGCUCCAGUGAGUUCAGCUUUUUUGGAAGCCUCUUCUGCGGACUUUGCACAAAAAGAUAUCUUUAACUCAACAACAGGUGGUCAGGACAGCACUUCAGAAAGCUUGUUGACCAGCACAGUGACAGAACCAAGUGACACAACUGUGAGCACAUCAGACAAUGACUCACAGCAUGUCGGAUCCCUAGCCACAAAGCAAGACAAGGCUACUGAAUCACCAAGGAGGCAUCACAAGCAUCACAGGGACUACCACAGUCAUCAGUCUACUACAAAAUUACAGCCAGUGAUGGAAACCUUGGAGGACAGUAGGGUCCAGAAACUGGGCUACAAGCCCACUAGGAGGGGAUCCCCCAGACCCAGUGCACACAAGCACUUUGACAUCAAUGAGCACCUACCCUGGAUGAUUGUCCUUUUUAUCCUGCUGGUGCUGGUGAUUAUUGUGGUCUGCAGUGUGAAGAGGAGCUCCAGGGUGCUGAAGAAAGGGCCCAGACAGGACCCAAGCAGUAUCAUGGAAAAGGCAAUCCAAAAGAAACCUGCUGUGCCGACUCCAAAUAAAGAGAAGUGGAUAUACUAUUCCAGUGGACAAGGUGUGGAUAUCCUCAAAUUGGUGUCGGCGCAAAUGGGUAGCCAGUGGAUUGACAUGUACCAAUAUCUGGCAAACGCAACUGAGCGGGAGGUGGCAGCAUUCUCUAAUGGGUACACAGCAGACCACGAGCGUGCCUAUGCUGCUUUGCAACACUGGACUAUCAGAGAUGCUGAUGCCAAUCUCGCCAAACUUAUUAAUGCCCUUCGAAGGCACAGACGCAAUGAUGUGGUGGAAAAGAUCCGGGGCGUGAUGGAAGAUAAUCCUCAGUUUGAUCUGAACCAUCUGAUGACCUCUGUGAAUGUAGCCCAAUGCCCCAGCCCUACCCACAAGCCUUCAGAGUCCAUGGGUGUUGUAGUGGAGCACUCUCCUGUGGACAGGACCAAGGGAUUCUUUGUUGACGAAUCCGAACCUCUUCUGCGCUGUGACUCCACUUCAAGCAACAACUCAGCCCUCAGCAGAACAGGUUCUUUUAUAACCAAAGAAAAGAAGGACACAGUGCUGCGCCAGGUCCGCCUGGACCCAUGUGACCUACAACCCAUCUUUGAUGACAUGCUGCAUAUUCUGAACCCGGAGGAGCUGCACAUAAUUGAGGAGAUUCCUUCAGCUGAGGACAAGCUGGAUAAACUCUUCGAGAUCGCUGGUGUCAAGAGCCAGGAGGCCAGCCAAAAGCUUUUAGACUCUGUGUAUAGCCAUCUGCCUGACCUCCUGUAGGCGCAUGGCCAGAGAAAUCCUGUCCUGUUCUUAUCCCAAGCUGGUGAGGUUAUAAAAGGCAAUAUUGCAUGUGCAAGUACAGCCUGGAACAUGUGGCAGCCUGAAGUUUUUUUUUCUUGGGGCAAUUACUUCUUAAUGUGCACAUUAAAAUAUACCUUGCACUUGCAUCAAUGUAGCUUUGACAAAGUGUUCUCUUACUGUACAUUUUAUUAGUGUUCUCAUUCUUCAGACAAAUGUAGACAAGGUCUACAUUUAAAUAUAUAUGUUAUUGUUUAAGACUAAUGAUAUGUAAAAUAAUUUAUGCACUCAUUUUUAAAAAUGUUAAGGUACUCUGGUCAACUCUGCUUCAGUUGCCAGUGUUCCUUGAAGUGCUGUUCACUAAUGUCAUAUUUGUUCAUUUUGUAUUAUCUUUUUUUAUUCUUGUAGUUUAUACACGUAUGUUGUACAGCGCAAUGUUUCACAAAAUCUGAUGGGCAUUCAAGAUGAUUACUUCUUGGGUUAAUGAUUUAAUGUAACAAAAGGUUCUCAUUCAAGAUACACUACUUGAAUUAGACUAGCACACUUUUGCAUUGUAUUACUUUACUGUUCAAAAAAAGGUACACCUGAUAUCUUUCCUUAUCACACUUCAAAAGGCACUGAGAAGUAUUUAGUAUUGAAAUAUAAAAUGUUGCAGGACAGUGUCUAAAAAUGCCUGCUUUUGGUGAAGAUAUUGAUGAUACAAGUUUCAUUCUGUUGAACCAGUCAUAUAUCAAGGUAAACCAGUCUUACUCUUGAAACUAUAGGAAUGGUUUGAUGACUUGAGAUGUUACUGACUUCAUUAAUUUGCCCUCAGUGGGAAAAACAAAUUACUCUUGAAUUCACUGAAGAAUAAAUAGAUUUGCUUUCUAGCCUAUUAUGAGUUUAUUGAAGUAUGUAUGAGAAGUGUUUCUUACUGAGGAUUGGUUUGCACCAUAUAUUCUUUUAAUACUUAACCCUUGUAACAGAUAAUGAGAGUAUUAUUGUAACAUGUUACAUCAAACCAAUUAAAGGUCAAACUUUUGUCAUAAUA